CAUGUUCCAAGGUCAUAAAACAAAACAGUGUCCAAAUUUAAAAUAAAUUAAUAGCAAUGUACAAAAUAGCAAACAAUACAAAAACAAAGAAAAGGAAUUUAAACAAAUGGAUCAACUAAAUGGAGUCUAUGAAAUUAUGGUAAAGGCCUAUCCUAGUAAAACUAUUAAUAAAAGUGCUCUUACCUUGACUGAUGUAGAUGAUAUUUAUGAUGAUACAUUUUGCAAUUAAUUUGAAGGAUUCCUCUUUCCCAAUCCCUCAUUAUCUACCUAUAACUAUAUGGGAGAUGUCGUUAAGUUCCUCAAAUACUUUGGAUAAAAUUCUGAGAUGUUUCAGCAUUAAGCCUCUCUUACAGAGCCAUUUAAAUGGAUCAUUUCAUAAUUUUACUCUCCAGAAUAGUUUAGUGUCUAUAUUGGUACUGAAUCCAACUAAUUUGCUAUGCUUUCAGUUUUAGUUGAUGAGCAGUACCUAACGCCCUUUGCCUCGGAAUUAGAAUUUAUUAUAAAAGGAAAUAUGGUAUAUAUCUACUUCAACAAAGUCUAACUGAAAACGAAAAUGUGUGAAAGUGGUUAUUACUGCACCAUUGACUAGGCCGUUCAAUUCAUGUAUUAAUACAUUGUUCAGGACGUUAGAUAACUAUGUGGACUGUGA